AUGUUCACCCAGUUCCUGAACCGCAACUGGCGUGGUCGUCUCCCCACGAGAUGGCGACACUUCAAGACCAACACCUGGACAAAAGACCAGAUCAAAACCGCCGAACUGCAAAAGACACCCGACACCCCCAACCAAGUGGUAACUGAGGUCCCUCAUUCAACUGAGCCAUCAUUCAUCGACGUGCCCAGUCCAUUGUGGUAUCAUCGUCUAGGCCCAGUCAAGGACUUCUUCAGCUGGUUCAGUCGCAUGCAGCGACGGCGGCCCAAAACUACGACGCUGGCGACCUCGCUAACCACUUAUUUGGCCGGCGACCUACUGGCGCAAGAAAUGGGUGGAGAGCCAUACGACGGCUAUCGUACAUUGAGGAUGCUCACCAUUGGAGGAUUGGCUUCUAUACCGGGCUACAAAUGGUUUCUGUUUCUGGGCAGCCACUUCAACUACGCUUCUAGAUGGACUUCGAUAACGGUCAAAGUCCUCAUCCAGCAGUUUCUAUUCGCGCCCAUCUUCAACACUUACUUCUUCGGCAUGCAGGCCGUAUUAACGAGACAGGAGCCUUCUGUUGUAAUCCAUCGUGUCGUCUCGGCCGUGCCGGAAAGUCUGGUGAGCUCGGCCAAGUUCUGGCCUCUAGUCACGGCUCUAAAUUUCACGCUGAUCCCGGCGCAUCUACGGUUCGCGGUGUCCGGUUUCUUUGCGGUUAUUUGGCAGACGUAUUUGUCGUUUUUGAAUCGGCGGGAAGAGAAGACGGGGCCUAGUGGCUCACUUGCGGACCAGGCGCGGCAGAAGUUGCUUGAAGACGCCCCGUCUGCUUCGGUGGCUGAUCUUGUAGAGUGUCCUGAUUUGGGGAAGUCGAGCUGA